AUGCUGGGAGCAGCAGCCGGGGACCUCCUUCAGGGCGUGGACGUUCCUCUCUUCGUCGUUGCUGGGGGUCGUGCCAACGUGAGCUGCAUGUACGACUUGCCUGCCACGGGGCUGUACUCGCUCAAGUGGUACCACAACGACACGGAAUUCUAUCGUUACGUGCCCACUGAGACUCACAGGCCGGUGGAUAUAAAGCCCACGAUAAAGUUUCAGGCUCGCGAAGUGUCAAGGACGGACACGGGGGUGACCCUCAGCAUGACGAGCAUGACCUCGGCGGCGUCGGGCGAGUACAAGUGUGAGGUCAUCGCCGAGCACCCUUCGUUUCGCACAGAGACUCGGAGCGCCCUCAUGACAGUUCUUGAGGAACCUCCAUCGCCGCCGACAAUCACAGGGGCGCGAGAUACAUAUGAAGCCGGUGACGUCAUCAAGCUAAAAUGCCAAUCAGACAGUUUUACGGAGUCUGGCCCCGCCCCUUCUCUCACCUGGUUCGUCCAAGGCCAUCCGGCCAGGCGUGAAUACGUUUCUCCUUAUAGAGAUACCCCAUACACAGGCGGACAAGGGGUGGUCUUAGAAGCGCCUGUUAAAGAGCAUUGUUCUGUAUAA